AUGCCACCCAAAAAGAAGAGAGUAGCUAAUUCCAAUAGCGAGGAACCUAUUGUUAAUUUGCGAAGGCCAACCAAAGCAAGGGUUGAUACUGAGGCUGAAGUCACUCAAGACAUGAGAAAUAAUGAACGUCCUAGGGUGACACGCACUGAUCCUUUGGAUGAAGCUGCUGCCCGACUGUUGGACAGGUUGGCCCAUGUUGCUAGUAGAGGUGUAGGUAGAGUAGAGGUAAGGGCUGGUUGCUCUUUUGAGACUUUUAUGAAGCAGAAUCCCCCUUCCUUUGAUGGGAAGCCAGAUCCUACAGAAGCUGAGAAUUGGUUCUUGCAAAUGGAGAAAUUGUUAGAAGCUUUAGAUUGCACUGACUCUCAGAAGGUGCGGUUUGCAACUUUCAAGUUGAUUGCAGAAGCUGAGCGUUGGUGGAGAUCUACUAAAGCCAUUUUGGAGGGAAUGGAUAUUGAGAGGAAUCCCAUCACUUGGGAGAAAUUUAAAGGGGUUUUCUAUGAUAACUACUUCCCUGAGGUGGUUCGAGAACGAAAAGAGAGGGAAUUUGCUGAUUUGGUGCAAGGAAGUAUGACUAUUGAGCAGUAUGCUGCUAAAUUCAUUGAGUUAUCUCACUUUGGACCCCACUUAAUCCUUACUGAAGCGAAGAAAGCAAGCAGAUUUCAAAAGGGGUUGAAUGAGAGACUUCGACACCAUUUGAUUGUAGCAGGGGUUGAUAACUAUGCAGAGUCAGUUAAGAGAGCUAUGAGACUGGAGGAAGAUUUCAAGAACAAUGUUAGGAAGGAGAACCCACCUAGAAACACUGGACAGACAGGCUUUCGUCAAGGCAAUGCCCAAGGUCAUUGGAACAAGAAAGGAUCUUUUGGGAGGUCUGGGAGUAAUUCAUCAUCAAAUAAGCCAGAAAAUAAGAAUCCACCCCAGAAUACUCAAGGUAGAAGUUUGAAUGCUUGCCCUACUUGUGGAAGGUUUCAUGGAGAUAAGCCGUGUUUCUUUGAAGGAAAGGCUUGUUAUAACUGUGGGAAGACAGGACACUUAGUUAGAAGCUAUACUUCUCCUCCACAAAACUCAAUGGCACAACCUGGAAAGAAUGAUCAGAGGAGGAAAGCACAAGGGAGAGUGUUUGCACUCACACCACAAGAUGUUCAAGCUUCGGAUACUGUGGUUACAGGUAUCCUCCCUUUAUUUUCAAACUUUGCUAAAACUCUAUUUGAUUCUGGAUCUACACACUCUUUCAUCUCCACUCAAUAUGCUAAGUUAUGUGAUAAGAAACCUGGACUUAUGGAUUAUGAUUUGUCUGUGGCCACACCUAUGGGUGAUUCUUUGGUGUGUAAUUUUAUGCUUAAGUCUUGUGUCAUCCAAAUUGAGGAUAGGGAAAUGUUAGCAGAUUUGAUUGUGAUGGACAUGUUUGACUAUGAUGUAAUUUUGGGCAUGGACUAG